AUGUCAAUAAGGACAAAGGCAGCUGAUAGAAAAGAACCAGAAGUGAUUCUAAGCAGCAAAGAGGUAUCAGGAAGCAAACUCUACCAAGUGAAAUGGAAAGGACUACCAGAAGAAGACUGCACAUGGGAACCAAAAAGCCACCUACAAAAUUUCUGGGAACUUAUUGAAGAUUAUGAAGCUAAAAAGCCGAAACCAAUUAAAAAGUCAAGUGUGAGGAGGAAAGGAAGCUUUACAAUGGAUGAUGAGCCAAAAAGUGUAACUCAGAUUAUAUAUAACCCAGAAACAAAUCAAAUUCUUGGAGAAGUUGAAUGAAAAUCUGGAGAACUGUUAAACACAGUUUAUCCCUUAGAAGUUCUACACGAAAACUGUCCAAUCUUGAUGUGUGAGCUUUAUUAUUCGUACUUAAAAUUCACAUACAAACCUGCAUAA